CCCUUCAGCCUCUCGUGGUUAUCAGCCUAAUCCCACAAUUCUCGCUGGAUCUCUGGUUUUCCCUGUCCAUGCAAAUUCCAGAAAAAGGCCAUAGUUGCAGCAGACUCUUUUCUAAUGAUCAACCGAAUUUAGAUGAUAUACCCUUGGUUCCUUUUGCAUGUCUUUCCUCCUUCAUGGGUUGUGGUGUUUCAAAGUUCGACAUUGCAGACGACGGAGCAGCCGCCUCCUCCCAAACCCGUCGAUUCAGGCCUGUUCAUCCAAGGAAUGAUCGUGCUGUGGUGGACAGUAGCCUCUUUUGCAAGCCGUUGCCUGAAGGUGGCAAAGAAGGAGAGCAUGCAGAAGGUGAGAUUCAAGAAAUCAAUGUGAAGAAGGUGAAUUCUGCGGGAAAAGGAGGGAUCCAAAUGGAAAAGGUUAAGAAGAAGGAGGCCCGUGAUAAGGAAGAUAGCGAGGACGACGACUGUAUUUUUUAUCCUAGAUCGCCAAGUUUCAGGGAAUAUUGCAUUUUAUCUCAGUCUGAUGAUGACAGCAGUGAAGGUGAUAGUACUGCAAGGAAAUUGAAGGACAAACGACAGAGCAAUGUUCGAAAUAGCAACAAGGGAUCAAGAACUCGAUUAGGGAAGAGAGGAAGGAUAGGAAAAGGAAUUAGGACUGGCUCAGCAAAAGUAAAAAGAAUUUUAAGAGUCUGAUUCUACAAUAAUCUAAACUAAUCCUUAUGGUCACAGCAUCAACAAGCUCGUUUGCAAGGGUUGCUUGGUAAUCCUAGAAGAAUGAAGGCCAUUUUAAUCCUGAAUUUAGAGCUUCCAUCUGCCUGUGUUUUUUUUCCAUCCCCAGAUGUUUUCAGCCAUGGAAGGAACAAGAUAGAGCAGGAAAAUUGACAUGUGACCUCUGUAUUUUCUUGAUUAGAUGCAAAUUAUAUUUCUUCACAUGAGUAUUCAAAUAUUUAAUUUAUUAGUUAGUGUAUGAUCUCAUUGU